AUGGCAAAGAAAACUGCUCCACGCAAAUUGUCUACCAGUAGCGCUCGCUUUACAAGCAAUACUUUCUCAGAUCUUCAAAAUGUAAAUCAGAGUCCAAUAUUCGGUUACGAGGAUUUGCCCGUGGUGACUCUAGAAAAGGCUGUGCAAAAAUUACUUUCUUUGGUACCAAACCUCACGCAUCAUGUUAUCAAAGCGAAAGAAAAGUGUAACAAAGAUUCGGAGGUGUUGACGCUGAACGAAUCAGCAGCAAUAUAUCUGUAUUCCAUGCCGGUGCCGUUCUUUUCCCGACUGAACAGCGCACUUCGUGCCGAGAAACGUCACGCAUUGAAGCCUUGGUUCUCCUUUCUCAAAUUAUUUCUUACGGCGCUGGACAAACUGCCUUCCCUCGAUAUUCGAGUCUGGAGAGGUGUUGGAGAUAAUGUGAAUGCUGACUUUACUGAGGGUCAAAUGGAAACCUGGUGGAGCGUAAAUUCCUGUUCAAAAGAUCUCAAUAUUGUAGAGAAAUUCUUGGGUGAUAAGGGCACCUUAUUCUCCAUCGAUGUUUUGCAUGGUAAAGACAUUUCUGAGUAUUCAUCGAUUCCAGAAGAACGAGAAGUUGUUCUUAUUCCUGGUACUCGCCUACUUGCAAAAUGUAAACCAUGCAAUUUUGCAGACCGUCUUCUCAUUAUUCAUUUGGUGGAGGAAAAGGACCAUCUUUUAGAAGAAACGAUACACCUAAUCGAUCGUACAUUGGCCAACGACACUGCAUCUCAAGAUGAAGAGAUAAGUUUAAUGUCGGAAGAAGAAUGCAAUAUAUAUAUGGGAAUCUCUGCAUCGAUUUCUACAGCCGAAUAUGAAGGUCCAAGGAUCGUUGAAAAUGAAAGACCGCCACGGGCAAUAUAUGAGUGUGACGGUGAUUCGGUAAUUCGUCUUUUAAAUCCAGCAAAUUUAGAAAUUGAGGCUGAGCAAAAGCACUUUGCACACCGUGACACUGGUGCAUUUAUGAACUGGUUUUUCAUUCGCAAACUUGUAUUUCAUAAUUCGAGCAAAGAAACAAUAGCCGUCCUUCAUUUAUCAGGUGAAUAUGAAGAUACGUUAGGAAAUUGGCAAAUGUGCAAGUAUGUUAUGAUUGGUCAGCCAGUUGGACCAAAUGAAAGCAUCACUUUUAGCCAUGACGUAUGCAUUAAUCUACCGGCAUCGAAUAUUGCCAGUUAUGCUGUUAACAUGGCAGUGGAAGCUCAUUGUAGGCCCGGUUAUGAUGAAAAUUAUCAAAAUCGAGCACAUAAAAGCUUUCCCCAGCCAUUGAAGCUUAGACUCACAGCUCACGAUACAAUGGGUAAGGUUUGUCGACUCAUUUUUGAACAGUUCAAUUCACCUCUGGUUCUACCGACGCCAGAGCGUACGGCUCGGAAAUUAUCGAUAGACGCUCAGCAGAUUGUUGAUUGGAUAUCUGUUGACGAUAGCGAAACACUCACACGCAUCUUUACAGUGCUUUAUUUGGACGACAAGGCAUGCCUUCAUGUCGUUACUGUCUCUUCGAAUAAUACUUGGGACGAUCGGUACCUUGACGAAGAUAAUAUUAAAAGUCUUCAGAAAAAAGCAAAAAAGCAGCAAACUGCCGAAAUGGCGUUGGAGAAUUUUGGAGUUUCAGACAAAAUUCAACACAUAGCUUUGUUCGAUCCAGCGACCUUUCGCAUGUAUGCUUUACGAAUCAUUUUGCUAUCAACAACGUCCAAAACGAGCAAAAUGGUUCGACUGCCGCUCGACAAGAUAAGAAGUAACGGUUCUCAUUCGGCAAUGUAA